AUGGCCGCUCUUACUACCGGAGCGCCGACACCGGCCUUAUUGAAGGCCGCGUUGAAAAAAUCGACAAUUCUCGAAACCAAACAACCCCGCUAUGAGCGUAUAGGAUUUUUAUUAUCGACUCUGCGUAAGGGUGACGGCGCUAAGAAGCGUGAGCUCAUCUCUGCCCAUUUGGCACAGCUAUAUGGUAAAACCAGACUUGGUGAUGUCGGUGACAUCCACAGUGGUAUGAAACCCAUCGCAUAUGCCGACUUCGAUCAGAUGAGGAAAUCUGGAGAAGAGUCCAAAAGCAAACUACCUGUAAUAUCAAUCGCUGGAUGGUGUAAGACCGUUAGGAUGCAGAAUGCUGGAAAAUUAGGUUUCGUCAUUGUAAACGAUGGAAGCUGCAAGGCUGAUCUUCAAAUAGUCGUUCAUGAUGAUGCCGCAGGCCACCAGGCAGUAGCGAAGUGUACCGCUGGUACCACCAUUAGAGUAUUCGGUACCUUGGUGGAAAGACCUCCAAAGGAUCAAUCAAUUGAGCGAAGUGAGGAUGAAACUUUGGAACAAGUAGCUAGCAAAUACGAAGUGCAUGUUUCUGCCUUCGAUGGGCAUUUAUUCGAGGUUGUCGGGGAGAACUUCGAUGCUGCGAAAUAUCCUAUUGCUAAGAAGUUUAUUACACAAGAGUUCUUGCGUGAGGUGGCGCACCUCAGGCCCAGGAGCUAUUUUAUCAGUGCUGUAAUGAGGGUCAGGAGCGCUUUGGCAAUGGCCACGCAUAUUUACUUCCAGAGACUUGGGUGCAUAUACCUCCACACCCCUCUUAUCACAACAACAGACUGUGAAGGAGCUGGUGAACUGUUCCAGGUAACCACCAUGCUGGAGAACUGUCUCACACUUGGCGAUUUGUCGAAGAAAAUGGCGUCAAGCGAUGCCAAAAAGGCCAAAGCAUUGGAAGAUAUGGAGUUGGACUACAAAAAGGAUUUCUUCAAACGUAAAGCGUUCCUCACUUGCAGUGGACAACUAUCUGCGGAGAACUACACAUGCUCAAUGGGAAAGGUUUACACCUUUGGCCCUGCGUUCCGUGCUGAACACAGCCACACGUCACGUCACCUUGCAGAGUUCUGGAUGGUCGAGCCCGAGAUUGAUUUCUGUGACCUACCCAAGAACAUGGAUAUUGCUGAAGAAUAUGUACAAUUCUCAAUACAAUACGCUCUAGAUCACUGUCUUGACGAUCUCAUGUACCUUGAGAGUAUCGGAGAAGCUGGUCUAGUUGCAAACCUUCGUUCUUUUGCAACUGAAAAGUUCAUAAGGAUCACCUACACUGAUGUUAUCGACAUAUUGAUGCAACACGAAGCUGACUUCAAGGCGGGUCUUGUAUCAGUAGAUGAGAAGCAGGGUAAGCCUGAAGAUGGCGCGGAACCACGUAAAACGGCGUUCGAGAACCAUGUAGAAUGGGGAAUAGACCUGUCUAGCGAGCACGAAAGGUUCAUUGCUGAGGCUGUUUUCAAAAGACCAACUAUAAUCUACAACUAUCCUUCUAAGAUUAAGGCCUUCUACAUGCGCAGAAACGAUGACGGCAAGACCUGUGCUGCCAUGGACGUCAUUGUGCCACGCUUCGGAGAACUUGUUGGUGGAUCGCAGCGUGAAGAGCGUCGCGAUGUGCUAGAAGCAUCAAUUAAGGAAAACGGUUUGUGUAUCGACGACUAUAACUGGUACAUGGACCUCCGUACAUACGGUUCGAUACCACACUCUGGUUUCGGACUCGGUUUUGAGAGACUGGUCAUGCUUGUGACUGGUAUUACAAACAUUAGGGAUGCUAUUCCAUUCCCACGUUACGUCGGAAAGGCCGACUUCUGA